AUGAAAUAUGACGGAGCUCAGUUAGUGUUUGAUAAAUCCCAGGGCUCGAAAGUACCAGGCUCCUCCCUCAACCUCGCCUCUCCUCAUGUCUCUCGCGAGACUUGUUACCUCCGUUUCGCACCGCCCCAGUUGAGCGGCGCACUUCUCGCGAGGCUGCAGGCAGGGCUGGGCCCGACAUGGCGGAAGCCCUGGGGUCUUUGCCGGCGUUGCUGGGACGGCGGGGAAGAAGUAGCCAAAUUGGAGAAGCACUUGAUGCUUCUCCGAAAAGAAUAUGUCAAGCUGCAGAACAAAUUGGUAGAAUCAGAGAAGAGAUGCACUCUUUUAGCUGCACAAGCUGACAAGGAAAACAGCAGCGAGUCCUUCAUCAGCCGCCUGCUGACAAUCGUGGCAGACCUCUAUGAGCAGGAGCAAUACAGUGAUCUGAAGAUAAAGGUUGGGGGCAGGCACGUUAGUGCUCACAAGUUUGUUCUGGCAGCCCGCAGUGACAGCUGGAGUCUGGCCAACUUGUCUUCCACCCAAGAGCUGGACCUGUCAGAUGCUAACCCAGAGGUGACCAUGACAAUGCUUCGCUGGAUCUAUACUGAUGAGUUGGAGUUCAAAGAAGAUGAUGUGUUCCUGACUGAACUGAUGAAACUAGCUAAUCGGUUUCAGCUCCAGCUCCUUAGGGAGAGAUGUGAGAAGGGCGUUAUGUCUCUGGUGAAUGUCAGGAACUGUAUUCGCUUCUAUCAGACUGCGGAGGAGCUGAAUGCCAACACAUUGAUGAACUACUGUGCAGAGAUUAUUGCAAGUCAUUGGGACGACUUAAGGAAGGAGGACUUCAGCAGCAUGAGUGCUCAGUUGUUAUACAAAAUGAUCAAAUCUAAGACUGAGUACCCGUUGCACAAAGCCAUCAAAGUGGAGAGAGAUGAUGUUGUCUUCCUCUAUCUAAUUGAAAUGGAUUCACAGCUCCCUGGGAAAUUGAAUGAAGUGGAUCCUAAUGGCGAGCUUGCCUUAGAUCUCGCCCUGUCUCGGCGACUAGAGAGUAUAGCCAGCACUCUGGUUAGUCACAAAGCUGAUGUGGACAUGGUGGACAAGAAUGGCUGGAGCUUGUUACAUAAAGGAAUCCAAAGAGGAGAUAUCUUUGCUGCCACUUUCCUCAUUAAGAACGGGGCCCUUGUCAAUGCUGCUACAUUGGGUGCCCAGGAGACACCGUUGCACCUUGUGGCAUUGUACAGUUUAAAGAAACACUCGGCAGAGGUGAUGUCUGAAAUGGCGCAGAUAGCUGAGGCCCUCCUGCAAGCUGGUGCCAACCCCAACAUACAGGAUAGUCAGGGCAGGACUCCUUUACACGUGUCCAUCACGGCCAGAAAUGAAUAUGUGUUCAAUCAGCUGCUGCAGUGUAAACAAUUAGAUUUAGAGCUGAAAGACCACGAGGGCAGCACAGCUCUGUGGCUUGCAGUGCAGUACAUCACUGUGUCUUCCGACCACUCUGUCAACCCCUUUGAAGACACCCCUGUAGUGAACGGAACUUCCUUCGACGAAAACAGCUUUGCAGCUAGACUCAUUCAGCGAGGCAGCAACACGGAUGCGCCUGAUACGAUGACAGGAAAUUGCUUACUACAGCAAGCAGCUGGAGCAGGAAAUGAGGCAGCAGCUCUUUUCCUGGCAACAAAUGGUGCCCAGGUCAACCACAGAAACAAGUGGGGAGAAACCCCGUUACACACAGCCUGUCGGCAUGGUCUGGCCAACCUCACCGCAGAGCUCCUACAGCAGGGAGCCAACCCAAACCUACAGACAGAGGAGGCGCUGCCUUUGCCAAAAGAGGCUGCAUCCCUGAGCAGCUCAGCGGACAGUGUCUGUCUGCAGACGCCGCUGCACAUGGCGAUCGCUUACAAUCAUCCAGAUGUGGUGUCUGUCAUCCUGGAGCAGAAAGCCAAUGCUCUUCAUGCCACCAACAACUUGCAGAUUAUUCCAGACUUCAGCCUCAAGGAUUCCCGAGACCAGACUGUCCUCGGACUGGCAUUAUGGACUGGUGUGCACACGAUUGCAGCCCAGCUUCUGGGCUCGGGGGCUUCCAUCAAUGACACCAUGUGUGAUGGGCAGACUCUGCUGCACAUGGCCAUCCGGCGGCAGGAUAGCAAAAGCGCCCUCUUCCUCCUGGAGCACCAGGCGGAUAUAAACGUCAGGACGCAGGACGGGGAGACAGCCCUUCAGCUGGCCAUCAAAAACCAGCUUCCGCUCGUGGUGGACGCCAUAUGCACCCGGGGAGCUGACAUGUCGGUGCCGGACGAGAAAGGGAAUCCUCCCCUGUGGCUGGCUUUGGCAAACAACCUGGAGGACAUCGCAUCCACUCUGGUCAGACAUGGUUGUGACGCCACGUGCUGGGGUCCAGGACCUAGUGGAUGCCUCCAGACCCUCCUGCACAGAGCCAUUGAUGAAAACAACGAGCCCACCGCCUGCUUUCUCAUCCGCAGUGGCUGUGAUGUAAAUAGUCCCAGACAACCAGGUGCACACGGAGAAGGGGAAGAAGCAGCUAGAGCUGGACAGACUCCUUUGCAUCUGGCAGCGUCUUGGGGACUGGAAGAGACGGUACAGUGUCUUCUGGAGUUUGGUGCCAAUGUAAAUGCACAGGAUGCAGAAGGAAGAAUGCCUGUGCACGUGGCUAUCAGCAGCCAACACAAUGUCAUCAUUCAGCUGUUGAUCUCUCACCCUGAUAUCCACCUGGACGUACGGGACAGACAGGGGCUGACCCCGUUUGCCUGCGCCAUGACUUACAAGAACAACAAAGCAGCUGAGGCCAUUCUGAAGCGAGAGUCCGGGGCUGCGGAGCAGGUGGACAACAAAGGCCGAAAUUUUCUCCACGUGGCGGUUCAGAACUCCGAUAUCGAAAGCGUCCUGUUCCUGAUCAGUGUCCAGGCUAAUGUGAAUUCCAGAGUCCAGGACUCUUCCAAGCUGACGCCGUUGCACCUAGCGGUCCAAGCGGGCUCAGAGAUUAUUGUCCGCAACUUGCUUCUAGCAGGAGCCAACGUGAAUGAAUUAACGAAGCAUCGCCAGACCGCCCUCCAUCUCGCUGCCCAGCAGAACCUGCCUACCAUCUGCUCGGUCCUCCUAGAGAAUAGAGUGGACUUUGCUGCGGUGGAUGAGAAUGGCAACAACGCUCUUCAUCUUGCUGUCGUGCAUGGCCGGCUCAACAACAUCCGGGUCCUUCUCACAGAGAGCACGGUGGAUGCCGAAGCCUUUAAUGUAAGAGGCCAGUCACCACUGCACAUUUUGGGACAAUAUGGCAAAGAGAAUGCGGCAGCCAUCUUUGACCUUUUCUUGGAGUGUAUGCCCGAGUACCCGCUGGAUAAGCCGGACGCAGAAGGAAACACGGUGCUGCUCUUAGCAUACAUGAAAGGCAAUGCCAACUUGUGCCGUGCAGUCGUCCGAUCUGGGGCUCGCCUUGGAGUGAAUAAUAACCAAGGAGUCAACAUUUUCAACUACCAGGUUGCUACCAAACAACUUCUGUUUAGGCUGUUAGACAUGCUGUCUAAGGAACCUCCGUGGUGUGACGGCUCCAACUGCUACGAGUGUGCUGCCAAGUUUGGAGUCACAAUGCGCAAGCAUCACUGUCGUCACUGCGGACGUCUUCUUUGCCAUAAAUGCUCAACCAAGGAGAUUCCUAUCAUCAAGUUUGAUCUGAACAAGCCUGUGCGAGUUUGCAACAUGUGCUUUGAUGUUCUGACUCUGGGGGGAGUCUCUUAG